GCCUGGUGGAGAGCAGCGGGGUGAAAUUUGCAGCGUAGACAGCGCAGGGGCAGCCAGUCCUGCUCGCUAGAAAGAAGAGGCUUGGCGUUUCCCUUUAGUUGCUUGCUUUCUCCCACUGCUACCGGCAAGUGCAGUUCGACUUUUCCUGCUCCAACCUCAGGUUGCACAACUCCCGCUAGGACGCAGUCAGCACGCUAUCCUCUAGCCUGACACAGUCACGUGAUCGGCAGACCGCGACCAACAACAUUACGUCACCAUGAAGUGGUUUCAAUGGAUCACAUUCGCCCUGGUGACCCUGCUCAUCAUUGAACUGAUGCUGGUACCGAACGAGACUUCGGCUUUUUGGGGCCGCCGCCGCCGCCGCCGAUCCUCCCGGAGAAGACGUAGCUUUUUCCGCCGUAUUGCCGAAGGUGUCCAUAAGGUUGUCCGCAGUAAGCCAUUCCGUAUUGCCUCAAGCGUUGUGAGUACUGUCAGCGGUAUAGUGGGUAUUGGAUGCUGCGCGGCCACUCCAAUUCCGCCGAUCGCACCCUUUGCCGCGGGAUGCUGCGUAGGUACAAGAGUCAUAGCAGGCGUUAGCUGCGGACUUAACACCUAUCAAGCGGCCCACGAUUACAAGGAGGGCAAGACUACGAACGCAGCCGUGGGUCUUGCCAGCGCGGGCAGCUCGUGCCUUGAGGCUACUACCGGCUCCGGUGCGUUGGGUCACGCGUACAAGGGAAUAAAGGCCCUUGGCAAGAAGCGUCGUCGCAGAUCAACUGAGGUGCAACAAUGCCCGAAAGCAACUCACAUCGCGUCGGACGCAGCCAAGCUGAAGAUGCACAUCUGUACUCUCCUUGAGCUGCGCACGGCGUGCCGUAAGGUGCGCUCCACGAAGAGAUAUGAUCUGCUGAAUAAGGUCAUUCGCAGCUCCAAGGCGGCCGUCUUGGGAUUCGCCAAAUUGAUCCCGAACCGCUCGAUGUUCCGCAGCCUUGCACUGAGCUCAUGUAAACGUACUCGGAUGCUACCUACUUGCCAGCCGUCUGUGCUCGAGGUUCGCGAAUCCAUGCGUCCGGUCAUCGAGAGUCCAGGCUUCGAUCCGGCGACCAAUCCCUGCCGUCUCGUCAAGUCAACGAAGCCAAGUCUGACGUCAUCGCAGUGCCUGAAGCGAGAGAUCUACGCUUUCUUUCACCUGACCAAGGUGCUAAAGAACAUCCAGGUGGACAUGGCACAGCUAGCACCCACCAUGGCAUAGAGCAAGGCUGCGGAGGUCUGGCAAGGCCAGGAUGUCGAUCAAGCGCCGCCGCCGCCCCGGCAGAACAGGUGGCGGUGAACACUCAUUGAAUUUAGUCCAAAGUACACACGUAUGUGCCACAUGCUGAGGGCAGGUUAAUGCACCCACGCAUACGCACGCACACGCACACAUAUACGCACGCACACGCACAAACACCCACGUACACCCGAACGCACAUCCACGUGCAAACGUAACUAUGCAAACACACGCAUCCCAUCACGCACACCCCCAUACAUGUGUACCCGCGCGUACGGGUGCAUGCACAUUCAUACACGCCUACCCCACAGGCAAGCACAUUUUCUCCGGUGUGAAUGCCCCUUCUGAUCUGCCGCUACCAAUGUGUGUCCCACUGAAACUAUGCCCAGAGUAUUCCUUUGCUCUCUUCUCAGGCUUUUCUGUUCUCUUCGAAUUUGAUAUCAUUUUCAGGAUGGAAUCUCCUCGUCAGGUAUAUAGCUCACAAUAGUUUGUAGACCUACUUUCAGUCUCUGCAUCAAUGCGGAUUUAUUACAAUCGUUAUAAUUAUUAAAAUUUAAUAUUAUAAUAAUAAUCACAA